AUGGAGGCCAAGUACGUCCAGUGGCGCGCAACAUACCUGCGCAGCUCGCCCGCCGGCCUGUUCUGCUUCUACAACGGCAAAGGGGAGCAUGGGGACGCGCUGACCUGCUCCGAGGCGCACGGGUAUGCGAUGCUCAUCGCGGUCCUCCAUCGCAAUCGCGCGGACUUUGAUGGUCUCUUUUCGUUCUUCCUUGCCUUUCGCAACGGGAACGGGUUGAUGAAGUGGCAGAUUCGAUCUCCGGAUCCGCCCACCGCCGUGACGCAGCUAUACGUCGACGAGGACGGCUCGACCUCUGCUACCGACGGUGAUAUCGAUAUUGCCUCGUCGCUCUAUCUUGCCACUCGGGUGUUUGGCGAGGAGGAUGGACGGUAUCGUGCCGAAGCGGAUGCGUUGACCAGCGCGAUACUGAGGUAUACCAUUCAUCCGGAGCUUGGGACGCCCUUGUUGGGCGAUUGGGCCAAUCGCGAUUCGUCCGACGGAAUCAAGCUCUACGACGCGACCCGAACCUCUGACUUCAUUCUGUCCGCCUUCGCACUCUUCGCCCGCUACCAUCGGGAUCCUGCCGAACGCCAACGAUGGGAGUGGGUGCUGGAGAGGACAAAGCACGUCGCCCUCUCCUGUGCUGGUCCGACAGGGUUUCUCCCUGACUUCCUCCAGUGGGAUGGCGCAAAGUGGUGUUCAACAAAAAAGAAGCUCCUCGAGUCAGACAGGGACGGCGCGCUCAACUGGAACGCCUGCCGUACACCGUGGCGCCUCGCUCACUACCUCGCCGUCACAGGCGACACGACCAUCCUUCCCAUGCUCCAGCACGCCCAUCACACAGUUAGGUCGGAGAAGGCGUUCAAAUUCCCAAACAUCCCAGCAGGCGUACAAAUCCACGGACACGUCAAGGCAUUGGAGGACUACUCGGAUAAGGCGUUCAUCGCGCCCGUGGGGUACUUAUGCUAUGUUUUGCGCGACGCGGAGGGCCAGAUGCAGUGCGUCAGGGCGCUCGAGGAUGAAGCGGAGGGUUAUUUUGGGGAUACGAUCGAUCUGCUCAUCGCUGAACAGGCGAGUCAUGCGCACGAGUGGUUCUCAGGGCCAUGA